AUGGCCUUCAGAGCUCCUUUCUUUUACCCCCAAAUCCUCCCACAACCUCACAAAUUACCAGUUCCGCACUUCCCCUUUCCUUCAAUAACGCUUCUCAAUGACAGUGUUAAAAGAGGGAAGAUCAUGAUUCCCCGUGCCAAAGGCAUCGGUGAUGCUGAACUCGCCGCAGAAUUGGCAGAAGGGGUGGCCAGGAGAAACAGCCAUUCGGUAACGAGGAAGGAGGCAAUGAAGAAGAGUAGACAACUCUUAUUUGAAGAACUCUGUAAUUACCUUAAAUUGACGGCGGAAGAGGUUAAGAAGAGGUGGAGAAAGGUGGAGGAGGAAGAGAAGAUGUCCGUGGUGCAAGGUUUUGUCUCUGAGUGGGGAGUUGCUUUCCAUCCCUUGUCGUCAAGGUCUGUUAAGGAAAUGGUGGAAGAGCAUUUGGCCGACGAAGAGAACCCCUCCCCCAUUUCUGACAAUUCUUUCAUCUUCCCUGGUUUGAGGAGGAUAAUGGGUCUCUAA